CAGUUUAGAGACUCACUAAACUGAACGCAAGAUGGCCAUGCGGAGACGUUCUCCGAGGAUAGCAGCGCUAUUGGCUUUGCUUGGGGUGCAAGUCACCUGCUUCCUGCAAGGUCUCCGUCAAACGCGCCCUAGACAGGCAGCUCACGAUGCCCAGCUUGUGACUUUUGACUUCGAUGCCUUCUCUGUCCCGGAAGAGCAGCAGCAGGGUAUGAUCUCUUCGCUGGCGCGGCAGAUGGGCGUCGCCGAGAAGCUCCAGGUGUCCCACGAAAGUGUGGAUGAGUAUUUAGAGCAGUGUCUCAAUGCCAUGCCCAGCAACCCAUACCACGGCCCAGCCCAUAUUAUGGACGUCAUGCAGUUUCUCCAUACAUUGCUUCGAGAGACUGGUCUUGACAAGCAGCUCUCCCCAGUGCAGACCUCGGCGCUGGUCCUGGCUGCAGCUGCCCAUGAUGUGGACCACACUGGCACCUCCAAUGCUUUGCUGGUUUCACUCAGCCACGAGUUUGUAGAGGAUGUCGAGGAGGGCGUUGGACCCAUGGAGAGCCACAGUGGAAAGAGAGCUGUUGUGCUGAUCCAGGAGCUUUUAAAGUGCCGAGAUCCUGUGCUCCUGCAGUCGGUGCAAAAAGCGAUCCACGGUACGGACCUAUCACAGCAUGACAAGAUCUCCAAAUUCUUCUCGGCGGCCAUCGAGGCACCCAGCCUUGAUGCAUUCUUCCAGCCUGGAACAGAUGAGAGCACUGCGCUGCUGCAGAUGCUGCUCAAGGCCUCGGACGUGAGCAACCCCGCAAGGCCGAUGCGGACGGCCCAAGCGUGGAAUUCUCAGGUCUACCAGGAGUUCUAUGCCGAAGGAGAUCAGGUGCUCUCAGCCGGCGGAAUGCCAAAUCCCUUGCACGACCGCCGAACAAACUGCAUCCCCAAGUCCUCAGUGGGCUUCAUCAACUUUCACGUGAAGACCAUUUUCCUUAACUUGCGAAACUUCCUCCUGCGAUGUCAUGAACUGGGUAUGCCAGUUAGACCUGAAGGCGCCGAAGCGGUUUUGGCGCGCUUGGAUGAGAAUGCGGCAGCUUUUGCUCAGGAAGCUGCCAAAGAGGAGGCAAAGCCAUGGAAGCCGUAGCAAAGAUGGAGAUGCAGUCCAUGAAACGGGGAUGAAGAAGAGCGUGAAGAUAAAGCUCAUGAAACGAUGAUGAUGAAAUUCAAAUCAGGCAAACGUGGAAAGCGUUCAAGCCUGAGGCCAACAGCCUGUUUUGCUAAGAGCUGUUGAAAGAGUUCCUUGACUUUCUCUUGGAACCUUCCAACAGUCCGGAAUACGCCAGGAGAAAGA